AUUUGAAGAUAGUCUAAUUUUUGGUGUCUGGAAAGUGUUCCCUAUUUUUUUUUGAGUAGUGUAUAUUUAUGGAUGGUGCGCGCAAGUAAGAUAAUACUGCAGCAUAAUAUUUAUGUAAAAUAUAGCAGUACAAAACAUAAAAUCAUACUUUAUACAUUUGCAAUGAAAAUUUUACAUAAUUUUAGCUAAUUUAGCUUUCCUUAUAUGACAAUAUUUAUUAAAUUACAUUUAAUUUAAUAAAUGUUGUCCUAUCGGGAAAGCUAAAGUAUCUAAAAUUAUGUCAUAACCCAUAACAAAAUUAUGCAUAAAAAUCAUAGUCUGCAAAUAUGUAGAUAUAUUUACACAAAUAAAACAGACCUUUUCAUAAAAUGUUAAAUAAAAAUUUCAAGUGCAAAUUUAUUUAUCUGACAAAUAUAUAAAAAACAAAAUAACACAGCUUGAAAAAGUAGUACUUACUCGCUUAGUAUUAUGAAGAUCCAUUGUGAUUAUCAUCAACAGUACAAUUAUAGGACAACAAACCAUCAACAUUUAUUUGCAGGAUUUUCUUCUUCACUCAUACAUUUCAAUUUGAAUAAGGUUACAGCACCACGACUGAUAUGUCUAGAAAAAUACAAGAGAAAUCAUAACAAAAAUAAUUAACUGUUAACAAAUAUAAUUAAUAGGAUCGUUACACAAAUUUUUUUUUUCUUUGAAACUUUUUUUUUAUACUAAAUUAGGGGUGGUAAAUAUGAAUAUGACAUUAAAAACAAAAUUUUAUACUUUGGUAAUUAAUUAUAAUUUAUUAAAAACGCUGGAAAAUACGAAUUUAAACCACGUGACUUAAACAAGUUCUGAUUGGACGGCUGCAUCGUGACGUCAAAUGCUGGUAGACGAUCGAGCCGAACGUGAUUUGCAGUAAUCGUGAAUUAUGGCACAGCCAGGUUUCGUUAAAGCUCAGUCGGAUAAUUUACCAUGUGUGGAUGUAGUAAUGAUUUCAAAUUUCUUUGCUAACAACCCAACACUCAAUAUAGCUGAAUCUCGAGGAGUUAAAAUGCAUAGAGCAAGUCAGGAAAGGUAUGGUGACGAAGCAAUUGGAUAUGUGGAGAUAUGUCGUCAAAAAAGAAUGUGUACCAUUCGUGCUAAAAUAUGCCCUGAACACAAAGUUCGUAACAAGGCAUACGCAGUUGAAUUAAUAAUUGAUGAAAGACAAAAUGAAAUUAAAAGUGCACAAUGCUUUGAUUGUGCAGCUUCUUCAGGUGGUUGCAAGCACGCCAUAGCAUUUUUAAUGUGGGCACAUCGAAGAAGCGAAGAACCUGCUCCAACAUCUAUAGCAUGUUAUUGGAAGCGUCCCACAAUGUCGUCAAUAGGAACAUCAUUAAAAUGUGUAACUGCGAAGGUGUUGAGUAGAAGCAAAUAUGAAGAAUCUACAGUAUUAAAUACAAAUUUUUUGGAAGAUUUCAUCGAAAUAGCUAAAGCAAGAAAACUCGACAGUCAAAUUACGCGUCAUUUCAUACAUAAUUACGACAAUUCUUUAAAAUCAUUAUCAUUACAUUUUCUUCUUUUAAAAUAUUGUAGCUGUAGUGAUCGAGAUAAAAGAAAUGUUACUGACUUUUUACUUUUUGCAAAGCAACACAUGAGCUUAAAUUUGUGCAUUGAAGCUGCGAAAGCUACAAAAGAACAAAGUUCCUGUUCGCUAUGGUAUGAACUACGCUAUGGAAGAAUUACAGCUUCGACCAUAUAUGAAGCUACAAACUGUAAAACUACAAACGGUUCGUACGUUGAAAGAGUUAUAGGUGCAGUAAAAUUAAUAGAGACUGAAGCGAUGAGACGAGGAAGAAAUCUUGAACGAGAAGUUUUACACGUAGUCGAGAAAAAGUUGGGGACGGAAUUUUACCCAACUGGUUUAAUAUUGUUGCCUGAUUACCCUAUAUUUGGAGCGUCUCCUGAUUCUUAUACGAAAGAUUACAUCGUCGAGGUUAAAUGCCCGUUAACCGAAAAAUCUGAAGACAGAUAUAUAUGUAAGAAUGGAUCAAUAGCAAAGAAGUUUUAUUCCCAAAUGCAAAUUCAAAUGAUGUUUGCCAAUCGAACUAAAGGUUUAUUUUGCGUGGCGAAAUUUGAUUUUGAGACAUCCAAAGAAGUGAAACUUGUAUGGGUGGAUUAUGAUUCCGAUUACACUAAAAAUAUAAUAUCCAAUUCAUCAAAAUUCUGGGAAAAAAAUAUUUUUCCAUUACUUUUAGAAUCUGUACAAAAAUAGAAAAGAAAACAUGUAAUCAAAUAUAAAAGAAUGUAUUGAAAAAUAUCAUUUCGAGCAAGAUAUAUGCUAGUUGGGAAUAAAAUAAUUAAAAUAUUGCGUUACAAAACUCAUUUUAAUAUUUUCUUCUUACUGAUUUAUAAUUGGUUGUUGUAAAUUAAUAAGUGCUGCUGCAAUAAUAAUAAUAUUAUCAGUUUUACUAAUGGCUUCAUGAUGAAUGCAGGAAUGAGGUUGAAGAAAAUUAAAUUCUCUCAAUCUUCUUAUUACUCGUUCAAUAUGUAUUCGUAAACUUGCAAUCCUUUUAGUUUGCAUCACUUCUGCUUUUGAUAGUUUAACAGAACUCGCAACGCUGGGAGGUCUAAUCAAUACACAUUCCUUUUGUGUUAUUAAAUGCUCGAUAUGUUUAAAUCCACGGUCUGCCAUAAUUCCGCAUCCCGGAGGUAUUACAUCUAAGUAGCCACAAUUUUCCACGAUAAACGCGUCUGUUGUUCUUCUUCCAUAACCGCAAGAAAUAUAAUUGAUCAUUCCAUCUGGCGUAGAAGAUAUUAAAUAUUUUAAAGUAUUGCAUUUUUUGUAAUCUGACCACGUUAGAGCUUGAUAUACUGCAUUAGAAGGUUUUUGAAUUUCUAUUUCUAGACAAUCAAUUAUAGACUGUACAUUACUAUAUCUUGCUCGAAAUGGUAUAGGAAGUAAAAACUGUAUAGUAUCCUUUUUUGGCCAAAAAAUAAGAGACCUUAAACAAUUUGCUAUUAAUGGAACAGACUUAUUAAAAAUUCUAUUUGCAUGACUAGCAGACAUGCCAAAUUCAUCGCCUAAACGAGAAAACGUAUCAUUCAUUUUAAUUUUAGUUAAUGUUAAAUAUAUGUCUGUAUAAAUUAAA